CCGAAGACACUAGAGAGCUUGGAGGAACCGGGCAGACUAGAUGAAUCGCAACUUUUCGCAUUGAGGUAUGGUACUAUUCAACAACACAGCUUACAACUAAUGUUAAAAGGGGCAAAAUCUAGUGAGUGCUUCAAGAUUGCUCGUGAGGGAAUUCAAUCAUUAUGUGAAAAGUUGGACAUGGUGGACACUGGCAACGUGGACAUACCCGACAUUAAUAGGCCGAAGGCGAAUGAAAUUUUGUUGGAUCCAUUACAAGUCAAAGCUAAAGGUUCGGGGGCUAAAAAAUCUAAAAGGAAGAAAGGAGAACCACGACAGUGUAGCAAUUGCGGUGAGUUUGGCCACUAUAGGACCCGAUGCCCACAUCCUGUUGGCUAUGUGAAGCCAACCUCAAACGGUGAUGCCCCGAAUGAUGGUGUUUCGGAAGAAGGUGGCGGUGGCGAUGACACCGAUGUUGAUCCUCCCACCACUCAAGAUCAGUCGGAAACAGUACAGAAGAGAAGGCAAAAGCAUUGCAGUAAGUGCGAUUCUACCAAUCAUAAUGCAAGAACGUGUAAUGGGUCUGGGCCAUCCGAUGAUGAAAAUGACGAUGAUGAAAAUGACGAUGACGACGAUUAUGAGCAACCUAGGAAGAGGCCUGUUACAAGAAGUAGCAAACUAAGGAUUGUUGAAAACUUGGAGUGAAGAUGGACGUCCUUAUCCUAUUCGGAUUAGGACUAAUGGACUAUGUGAAGACUGCCAGUAUCAGCUUGAAGCGGCGUCGUUUGAUUUAUAAGAAGACUGUUGCUGUCUGCGGUGUUGUUUUACUUGUGUGUCGUUUUAUUUAUGUGUCUCUUUGGUCUAUAAGAAGACUACUGCCUGCUACGGUGUCGUUUUAUUAAGUUCGGAUGGAUUUGAUUGAAUUCGAUAUGGAGGUUGCUCCCUAAAUAAAUCAUGUGCAACA